UCGCGUGAUCCCUUCUCCCGGCCUGGCGCAGGAAAACUAAGGCCACAGAUGGAGAGCAGCAGAGCUCUGGUCUCCACGACCUGAGCUCAUCCCGCUCCACCGGCGGCAACCACGCUCAACAAACUGCAUUGUGUGUCUGUGUCCUGGCCACGCUCUGCUCUGGGAGCCAAGGGGACCGGAAGAAGAUGCAAUCUAGUGGGUUGGGCCCCGGGGACCUGAACACCAAGAAGCUAAUGACCGUACAGUAGUGAGAAGUAGGUGGGACCUCAUUAUACCGACUGCCAGGAAACCAAAGCCUUGGGUGCAGGCGCCCGGGCCCCGCGGCGCGGCUUCCCGACCCUGGAGGCUCGCCCGGCCCGCGCCGACCUCCCGCCACAGGCGUCGCUGUGCGCUCGCGCGCGGGCCGGAGACCGCGUUCGCGGGGAGCGGGCGCUCGCGCAGAGCAGGGGUUUCAGUUUCUGGCGCGAACUUCCGCCGUUCCGAAGUUGCAAGGCGAAUUGGCGCGAUGUCUGGGGACAGCAGCGGCCGCCGGCCCGAGGGCCGGGGUCGGGGCCGGGGCCGGGGCCGCGACCCGCACCGGGACCGCACCCGCUCCCGCUCUCGCUCGCGGUCCCCGCUGUCGCCUGGUUCCCGCCGCGGCUCCGCGCCGGAGCGCAGGGAGGCCCCAGAGCGCCCGAGCUUGGAAGAUCUAGACCCGUCGGAUUCCGGGGACGAGAUGCUGGACCCGGCCAGCCUGGAGGCGGAGACCGACCACGGCCUGUGCCGCCAGAUCCGCCAUCAGUACCGGGCGCUCAUCAACUCGGUCCAACAAAACCGGGAGGACAUACUGAAUGCCAGCGACAAAUUAACAGAGGUCCUUGAAGAGGCCAACACUUUGUUCAAUGGAGUGUCCCGAGCACGAGAAGCAGUCCUGGAUGCCCACUUUCUUGUUUUGGCUUCGGAUUUGGGCAAAGAGAAAGCAAAGCAGCUGCGCUCUGAUCUGAACUCCUUUGAUAUGUUGAGAUAUGUUGAAACUCUACUGACCCAUAUGGGUGUAAAUCCGCUAGAAGCUGAAGAACUCAUCCGUGAUGAAGAUAGUUCUGAUUUUGAAUUCAUAGUCUAUGACUCCUGGAAAAUAUCAGGCAAAACAGCAGAAAACACCUUUAAUAAAACCCAUACAUUCCACUUUCUGUUGGGUUCAAUACACGGAGAGUUUCCUGCGCCAAAGCCACGAAUUGAUCGUCCAAGAAAAGUUCGUAUGAUAGAAGAGCAGAGGGCAAUGCCUGCCCAGUUAAGAAGAAUGGAAGAGUCUCAUCAGGAAGCAACAGAGAAAGAAGUAGAAAGAAUCUUGGGAUUGUUGCAGACAUAUUUUCGAGAAGAUCCUGAUACUCCAAUGUCCUUCUUUGACUUUGUGGUUGAUCCGCAUUCUUUUCCCCGUACAGUAGAAAACAUCUUUCAUGUUUCCUUCAUUAUACGGGAUGGUUUUGCAAGAAUAAGACUUGAUCAAGACCGACUGCCAAUAAUAGAGCCUGUUAAUAUUAAUGAAGAAAAUGAGGGAAUUGACCAAAACACGCAAGUUAGGAAUCAAGGAAUUAUAGCUCUGAGUUACCGUGACUGGGAGGAAAUUGUGAAGACCUUUGAGAUUUCAGAGCCUGUGAUUACUUCAAGUCAGAGCCAGUAGCGGCUUGUCCUUGAUGCCAGCUGAAGGUCUCAGGUGGAUAGUGAAAUGCAAGAAGGAAAGCAGCAUGGAUUGUAUAUAUUGUAUGAUUCAACGUUUUUAAAGACAGAUUGUUUUUAGUAAAAUGUAGCUUUUGAUAGUUAAUGAAUUUGUCACGGUUGUCUUUGAUUAAAGGAAAUGCACUGCCAUAUUCACAAA